AAGAGCCACUGCAGACAUUAAUCGUUACUUUCCUGAGUUCCCUAUGUUUGCCACUACAUGGGUGCUGAUUGCAACCUGGCAUCAAGUCACAUUUUUUGGGGGCAGCUCAAUAACUCCGGUCAAUACAUUUCAAGUAGUUCUCAUCACAGAUGGUGAGCUCUCCUUCACCAUUUUCCAGUACCACAAUAUUACUUGGACAACAGGGAUGCAUGCUACCAGUGGUGGUGACCUAGCAGGCUUGGGAGGCAUAGCUGCACAGGCAGGUUUUAAUGCUGGCGAUGGGAGGCGCUAUUUCAAUAUCCCUGGCUCUCGGACAGAUGACAUCGUUGAAGUUGAAACCACCACAAAUGUGGGCUAUCCUGGUCGUUGGGUCUUUCGUAUUGAUGAUUCUCAGGUGCAAGUGGGCAGCUGCAAUGACUCAGCUUCAGUCUGUGCUAACUUAAGGCCCUGUCAAAAUGGUGGCCGCUGCAUUGAUGACUGCAUGACUGGAAAUCCCUCUUUCACUUGCUCGUGUUUGGCUGGCUUCACUGGACGCAGGUGCCAGAUAGAGGUUGAUGAGUGCUCUUCAUACCCCUGUCAGAAUGGAGGCACAUGUGUUGACAAGAUCAACCACUUCAUCUGCCUAUGUCCAGUGGGAUUCAUAGGGACAACAUGUGAGACAGACAUAGACGAGUGCCAAGAGACCCCAUGCCUCAAUGGAGCACAGUGCAUACAGGGUGUCGGCAACUUCACCUGUGUAUGCCAAGCAGGUUACACUGGGUUCCUAUGCGAGUCAGAUGUCAAUGAAUGUGCAUCCAUGCCAUGUUUCAAUGGAGGUGUGUGUGAAGACCUGGUGAAUAACUACACCUGCACCUGUACAACAAACUUCACUGGAAGCCACUGUGAGACAGAGUUAGUUGUCAUGGAAAAUUCCUCUACUACUGAUGCUGCAAAUCAGACAGUUUCCUGCGAUGGAGAGAAUUGUGAAAAGCGUCAAAUCUGCGAGUAUACUGGCUCUGGAAACUACAACUGCACCUGCACCCCAGGUUACUACGGUGACGAAUGUGAAGAGGAGUGUCCCUGUCAGAACGGAGGGGUUUGUGUUGAUGUGAAUGGCACCUGUGAAUGUCCAACAGGCUUCACUGGACUCUACUGUCAGUUUGAGGUAACACAAACACCUUGUAGUAACAACCGACCGUGUCCGGAUGGAGGUCCAUGCUUAGAGUAUGGCGGCACAUACCUCUGCACCUGCCAAACUGGUGUUGACUUUGAUCACAAGGACUUCUACCCAUAUGUACAGCCCCGAUCAGCCUGCGAUUCCUCACCGUGUCAGAAUGGAGGCUAUUGCUAUGAGAGAGAUGGAGGCUAUAUUUGUGAGUGCAAGCAUGGCUACAGAGGCAAACAUUGCGAAAGAGUCAGAUUAAGUAUCUGUGCCUCUAGUCCCUGUCGUAAUGGAGGCUCUUGUAAAGAAGAAGCUGACAGCUACCGAUGUGUCUGUCCCUACCGUUUCAAAGGGAAACACUGUGAAGUGGGAAAGCCAGAUCCCUGUGCUUCCAGUCCCUGCCUGAAUGGCGGAACAUGUUUUCACUACAUUGGUAAAUACAAAUGUGAGUGCUCCCCAACCUUCGUAGGAAGACACUGCGAGAUCAACAGAGGAUCCAAUCCGACUUUGGAGGGUCUGGACUGUGGCCCCCCUGUGAAAGUCAAGCAUGCAGAGGUGCAGUAUUCCUCCACUGCACCGGGCUCCAUGGCUCUGUAUGCAUGCCACCCAGGCUACACUCCCCUUCCCAGGGCCACCCAGAGCAUCUGCAGCAGCCAGGGGUCCUGGAGCCAGCCUCCAGUCUGUGAAGAGAUAAACGAGUGUUUGUCUCAGCCAUGUAUGAAUGGGGGAACUUGUCGUGAUAGGGUAGCCUCCUACCUGUGUGAAUGUGAAGAUGGAUUUAGUGGCCAGCGCUGUCAAACAGAUAUUGAUGAAUGCCUUUCCGAGCCAUGUAAGCAUGGAGGUACAUGUGAGGAUCAGCCUGGUUCUUACUUCUGUCACUGCCAGCAGGGCUAUGCCGGACAGGACUGUGAGAUAGAACAGGAUGGAUGUGAGCCAAAUCCUUGCUUGAAUGGAGGUGUAUGCCGAGGCUACAGGAGGAACCACCUCUGUGUGUGUAAAGAGGGUUAUGUUGGAGACCGCUGCCAGACAUUGGAGAACCCGUGUGUACUGCAGCCGUGCGGGAACCGAGGCGUCUGUUGGAGUGAUAGAAGGGGGAACUACAGCUGCGCCUGCAGGGUGGGCCACACAGGGAGAGACUGUGAGAGAGACCUGUUGCCUCCAUCUGGCCUGCAUGUGCUGCGGGUAGAAGAAAAUGAAGUCGAGUUACGCUGGGAUCAGUCAGAUGCCACUCAGAAUUUAAUCAGCGGCUUUGCAGUUGCCUUUGCUCCUAUUGGUCGUGGACCAAGGAAGACAGACUUCCUGGAGAAGCAGCAUUCUACCUAUGUACUACAGGGCUUGAACCCCGGACAGCUUUACAACAUCUCCACGUUCUCCGUCAAACGCAACACCAACAGCAAUGACAUAAGCCAGCCAGCUUUCGCUCUCAUCCGCACUAGGCCACGUAAGGUGGAACAGCUCGAGGUAGUGAAUGCGUCGUCCUCUCAGGUAUGGCUGCGGUGGCUGGUGCAUGUUGGCCGCCAUGCAGCAAUCAGUCAGGUCCGGGUGUCUCUGGUGCCUGCAGAUGGUAGCGGACCUCGCACAGCCGUGCUCAAUAGCAGCGUCACAGAGUACUCCUUCAGCACAUUGCUCCCAGGUCAGAUGUACACAGUAGAUGUAGUCACACAGAGUGGUUUGCGCCCUGAAGACCUGCCAUCAACUAGCAAAUCUGCUGGGCCACUGCACUUCUGGACCAGACCGCUUCCACCUCAGAACCUUUCACUCUCCCACAUCACCACCACCUCUGCUCGAAUCACAUGGGACCAUCAUCCUCGGAAUCUUCCAGACGGUUUUGUGGUCAAUAUUACUCACGGCCUCAGCACUCGUAGCCGCUACCUACCUGAUGGAAGUUUAGGGACUUAUACACUACGAGACCUCACUCCAGGACAACAUUACCGACUUGCCCUCACUGCUGUGCGCAAAACGGGCCAGGACAACAUUCAGAGCGUCCCUCAACACCUAGCCUUCACCACACUACCAGUUCCAAAGGGCCAAAGCAGAGGUGACAGACCUAAGGGAGGACAGGACUCCCAGACAGGACAGACCUUGACACAAGUUCAAGAUGGAGGCACAGAUGACCACACUGAACUCCUUGAAGAGCCACAAAGAUAUACAGAGCUAAUUGACGGAAGAGGGAGAAUUACAGCUAAAUUUACCAACCUUCCACAAAAAACCAUCAGACACCGCACAAAGCCUGAACCUCCAAUCAAAUUAGAAAAGAUGGAAGAAACCACCAAUAAGAUAAGUCUAGCUCUGGAAAUUCCUGAAGAAGCCACAAAGAGUAAAUCUGAGUCAUCCCAAGACUGCAGAACUCAGCCCUGCCAGAAUGGUGGAACAUGUGCGCAGAUCAACGAGUCGUUCAGCUGCAACUGUGCCGCUGGUUUCAAGGGCAGACGAUUGUCAGCGAGUACCUCACCCAUGUACUCGCCUUUACUCCGAAACAAAGAGUGUGCCUGUGUGGGAGGAUGGUGUCUGCCAUUAUUUGUACAAAAGGACAUAUAAAGUUCAGCAGGAUGUUUGUUUUAGAGAAAUCUGUGAGCCUUUGCUGCCUAAGAAAGUACUGCCUAAGACUCCAAACAGAAGAACUCAAAAACAACAACAAUAGUGGACGCUGAACCAAUGACAACUUUGCGGAGUAACUGCUUCUCUCAGUCUUAGUUUAAAUGAGGAUGCAUUACCGUCAUUGUUCACCCUUUCUUGCCUCACUGGUCACCUUUCAUUGGCUACAUUGUCCUAUGGACGUAUAUUUGUUCAUUUACAGCUCCAGGGCCAUAUUCAUGAAAAUUCUUAGUGCAAAGAGUAGCUCUUAGUGACAAAAUUCUAAAAAACAAAUGUGUUGGAGACAAUGGAUGACAGUGACUUAAUAAGAUGCUAGAUUAGAUUGUGCAGGGAUCGUGUUUGUUACCCAUUUUAUUAGAGACAUGACAACUAUAUAUACAGUGCUUAACAAAUUUAUUAGACCACCACCCAAUGUAAGGUUUGCGCCACAGCUGCCCUAAACUAACAGUAUUGAUGAUUGCCAAAAUUAUGUUUUAUGUUUCUGUAAUGAUUAAUCCACCGGUAUGUGUAAGCUCUUUAGUCACAGUAGUAUUUCUAAUGCUAAAAUAUAAUUAUUGUUGGGAUUUAAUGGAUUCAAAGAUAGAUCAAACAAAAGUUUAAUCUAAAGCAAGUCUUUGGGAACAACUAGAAACUAUUUGGAAUCAGUAACAACAGAAACUGUGGAAAAGUACAUAAAAACAAUAGCAGCAAGUACGCAAGCUGUUAUCAAAUAAAAUACAGGGUUUUUUGUUGUGUGAAUACUAGAAUAAUAGAAGACUAUUUAGUUGUUUCAGUUUAUUUGCCCAAUAAAUGACAAUUUUUAGUUUUUAAAAAGUUUUUGACAGAUUCCUAAAAUAUUUGUUUUCUCACUUUAUUAUGACAGGUGGUCUAAUAAAUUGUUGUGUGUAUAUGCAUAUACAGUCAUGGCCAAAAAUAUUGGCACCCUUGGUAAAUAUGAUCAAAGAAGGCUGUGAAUUAAUCUGCAUUGUUAAUCCUUUUGAUCUUUUAUUUAAAAAUUUCACAAAAAUCUAACCUUUCAUUGGAUAAUAAGAAUUUAAAAUGGGGGGAAAUAUCAUUAUGAAAUAAAUGUUUUUGUCUAAUACACAUUGGCCACAAUUAACGGCACCCUUUUAUUCAAUACUUUUUGAAACCUCCAUUUGCCAGUUUAACAGCUCUAAAUGUUCUCCUAUAAUGCCUGAUGAGGUUAGAGAACACCUGACAAGAGAUCAGAGACCAUUCCUUCAUCCAGAAUCACUCCAGACCCUUUAGAUUCCCAGCUCCAUGUUGGUGCUUCUUCUCUUCAGUUCACCACUCAUUUUCUAUAGGGUUCAGGUCAGAGGACUGGAAUGGCCAGCAGAAGCUUGGUUUUGUGCUCAGUGACCCAUUUUUGUGUUGUUUUUGAGGUUUGUGUUUGGAUCAUUGUACGGUUGGAAGAUCCAAACAUGGCCCAUUAUAAGAUUUCUAACAGAGUCAGUCACUUAUUGAUUUUUUUAUCUGUUUGUAUUUGAUAGAAUCCAUGAUAUGUGUCUAAACAAGAUGUCCAGGACCUCCUGCAGAAAUAUAGGCCCUCAACAUCAAAAAUACAGCAGUAUAUUUCAUUGUACACAUGGGGUACUUUUUAUCCCUGUGUUCACCAAACCCAUCUUCAGUGUUUGCUGCUAAAAAGCUCAUUUUUUAGUUUCAUCUGAGUUUGUUUUUGGAUGAGCUAGGAGAAUUUUUCUUGAAAUCCUCCCAAACAACACAUGGUGAUGUAGGUGCUGUUUGACCAUUUUUUUUUUUUUUUUUAAUGUUUUUUGACCCCGAGAUUUUCUGCAAUUCUCCAGCUGUAGUCCUUGGAGAGUCUUUAGCCACUCAAACUCUCCUUCUCACCGUGCAUUAGGAUGAUAUAGACACACGUCCUCUUCCAGGCAGUUUCGUAACAUUUUAUGUUGAUUGGAAAUUCUUUCAUGUUCAUAAUCACCCUGGAGUGCUCAAAAUUGUGAAUAUGAAUGGGAAUAUACUUCAGAGAUAUUUUACUCAUAAGAAUUUCUAGGGGUGCCAAUAAACGUGUCCAACGUGUAUUUGAGAAAAACAUUUAUUUCAUAAUGAUAUUUUCCACCAUUUUAAAUUCUUAUUAUCCAAUGAAAGGUUAGAUUUUUGUGAAUUUUUUUAAUAAAAUAUCAAAAGGAUUAAUGCAGAUUAAUUUUCACAGCCUUCUUUGAUCAUAUUUACCAAGGGUGCUUAUAUUUUUGGCCAUGUCAUAUUUAUAUAACUGUAAUUUCUAAGUGAAGGCUUAUAAUAGACUCUAUUUAAGUGUUCUUUUUUUUUUCUCUUCUUGGACAACCAAUCACAGUCUUCAGAAGAAUGUGUCAUAGCAGCAAGGUCAGCCCCACCUUCUCACUAAGAUGAAAGUUUUUGUCAAUUAUUUUUCUCUCAGAAUUGCUCUCAGAUUGGUCCUGAAUCAUUCUUAAGCUAUGAUUCUUAGUUAGACAUUUUUAAGAUGAAUUAGGAGCUCUCUGAGAGGAUUCUUAGAAGAAUACGGGCCGAGAUCUGUAGAUGACCUUAACCAUAUGAUUUAGGAGUUAUCUGCAUCAAAUAGCAUACCUCAAAUGUAAAUAUUAUGUGAUAUUGACAUGUAGUGGCCGUCAAGUUCCUCAGGGAAUUUUUUUUUUUUAUUAUUAUUGCCUGUUCAGUCUCCAAAACCUACAAGCAUUUUCAUUCAACCAUUCAUCCAAGCCUGGUUCUCUCCUACAGCAAGAUCACACAAAAUACUGGGGGAAAAAAAAUGUCAUACCAUUGUUUCUGUUUGUGUAAAGGAAAACUGUC